CUGAUAGACGGCACUGACUGGCAUCACUGCUGGGCACUGACUGGCGGCACUGACUGGCACAACCCCUGGGCACUGACUGGUGGCACUGACUGGCAGCACUGCUGGGCUGCACUGGUGGGUGGCACUGGUGGGGCAGCACUGGUGGGUGGGCACAGGUGGGUGCACUGCUGGGCACAGGUGGGCGGAACUUGCGGGUGGCACUGCUGGGGCACCGAUCAUCAGGGCACUGAUCAUCAGUGCCCUGAUGAUCGGUGCUGAUCCCCGCUCUGACAACUGCCGGUUCUCGGCAGUACUUUCCUCAUGAUCUGACAGCGUGAGGAAAGUGCAGCCGAGAAACCGGCACUUGCAU